AUGUAUAAGCAUUUAACUCGUCAUGGGCAUAUUAGCAUUAUAAUUGAGCUAAUGUACAAACAUGAAAUAGAUUAUAUUGAAAAUGAUGACCAUUUAAUUCUACUUUUUUAUCUUGUGAUAGAUUUAUUUUUACACUUAGGUUCAAUGAGCAUAGAGGAACGUCUGAAGCUGCUUACAGACACAUUCACUAUCAGUCUUUAUCAGCAAGUAUCUCAGUCUCUCUUUGAAAGAGAUAAGUUGACAUUUUCUUUCAUUCUCUGCAGCAGAAUCAUGAUAGCACAAGAUGAACUGUCAAGGGAAGAAUUCAUGUUUCUUGUGAUGAGCAUUGUUGAUGUUGAAAGUUUAGAGCCUAACCCUGCUCCUGAGUGGCUAAGAAAUGAGGCAUGGAGUAUGCUCUGCCAGAUAGAAGUAUUGCCCGCUUUCAGUGGUUUCAAAGAACAUUUCAAGAAGCAAAUAAGUGGGUGGAAGCAGUAUUCUACUGAUGUGGAUGCCUCAUUGGCUAAGUUGCCUUCUCCUUGGGCACAGCGUCUCUCUCAGUUUGAAGCACUGAUCCUUAUUCGGAUAUUCCAUCCAGAUAAGGUAUCUGGUAAAGAUAACUUCAAUGACAGAACAGUCAAUGAAUGCACAUGUGUGUGCACAUGCACACUUAUACAGACACAUACACACACAAAUAACCGAAUCACUUGUCAGAAAGCAGUAUAG